UCAUAUUCCUUUCUCUUUUUAGUUUUUAUUUUUCUUUUUUCUUUUUUUUUAAUAACUUGCUAUCAAUACAACCAUGGCAAGGAUUUCUCUGUUGUUAUCAUUAGCCUUAGUUCUAACCAUUGGCUCCGUCUCGGCUCACCCACCUAGCCACAAGAAAACACAAAAGACCUUGUGUCCACCUACUUUGGCCGGACUCCAAACUUUCCCUUCCCUUGAAAUCUCCAAGCUCAUCGAGAAGAAGGCACAACUCGCACCAAACACCAUUCAAUUCAACGCUUUAUUCGCCAUCUGCAAGGCCUACGGCGACCAUCUCGCGGCCUUCAAGGUUGCAGGGGUCAAGAAUGUGUUUGACUUGGUUCAUGCCAAACACGAUUUGAUGGCCAAGGCCAUGUUUGCAGCGCAAGCAUCCGUUGGUGUUAAAGGUGGUCUUGCGGUUAAGCUUGACAAGAGUUACACCGCGAUGGCUAAAUGUUUUGUUGGUCUUGAGGAGAAGAUCGCUGAGAUCUCGGCUAAGUAUAAGUUCAAUGCAGAUGCUAAGAUAAGCAAGUGUGACAGAGUCAAGAUCGACAAAUGCUUGAUUAAGCUUAAGGCUUCCAUUAAUGUUUUCGUCAAGGUGGUCACUCAGUGCAGCAAGAAAUUCUCUGUUCAGAAGCAAAUCGGUGUUCCCGUUAUUCCCGGCGGCGGUUUCAUCGGAGCUUUCGUCAAGAAUGGUCUUGGAUUUGGCGGUAAAUUCAUCGGUUUGGGCGCCCACGGCCAAGUUGAAGCCGGAGUCGGAGGUAAAGCCGGAGCCGGAGUCGGAGUCGGAGGGAAAGCCGGAGCCGGAGUCGGAGGUAAAGCCGGAGUCGGAGCCGGAGUCGGAGUCGGAGGUAAAGCCGGAGCCGGAGUCGGAGUUGGAGGUAAAGCCGGAGCCGGAGUCGGAGUUGGAGGUAAAGCCGGAAUCGGUGGUAAAGCCGGAGCCGGAAUCAAAGUCGGUGGUAAAGCUGGAGCCGGAGCCGGAGUUGGAGGUAAAGCCGGAGCCGGAGUCGGAGUGAAGCUCGGAGCAGCUGAUGCUGGAGUUAAACUCGGAGCUCAUGCCGGAGCUAAAGCCGGAGCACACGCCGGAGGUAAGCUUGGAGCUAAAGCAGGAGUUCAUGGAGGAGCCAAGGUCGGAGGUAAAGGCGAAGCUAAAGUAGGAGCUCAUGCCGGAGGUAAAAUUGGAGGAUUGAUCAAUCAAUUCUUGGGAUUCGAUGGAAAAGUUCAGUACGAUGCCGCCGGUAAGGCAAAGAUCGGCGGAGGAGCCGGAUUCAAGUCAUUGAGCCACCACGAGAAGCACUUAAACUGAGCUAAAGGCGCAAAUUUAUGCAUUUUUAACAACAGAUGAAGGAGCCAUGAGUUCAUCUUAAAUAUAUUGUUUUUUUUUAAUAUUUCUACUAAUAUGAAG